GUGUCUUUGUGUUGUACUAGGAGCAGGAGCCAGUGUUCCAUAAAGGACAAUAGCUUCCAGUACACUAUCCCACACGAUGACUCCUUAAGUGGCUCCUCAUCUGCCUCUUCGUGUGAAGCAGUCAGCGAUUUUCCAACAUCCUUCCGAAAAUCUACCUACUGGAUGAAGAUGAGAAGGAUCAAGCCAGCUGCGGCUUCUCGUGUUGAAGGGUCAGGUGGAGUAUCAGCCAAAGGGAAAAGGAAACCCAGGCAGGAAGAAGAUGAAGACUAUGGAGAAUUUCCUCAGAAGAAGCAUAAGCUUUAUGGGAGGAAGCAACGGCCUAAAACGCAGCCCAGUCCCAAGUCCCAGGCUCGUCGUAUUCGAAAGGAGCCACCGGUUUAUGCAGCAGGCAGUUUGGAGGAGCAGUGGUACUUAGAAAUCGUGGAUAAAGGAAGUGUCUCCUGCCCUACCUGCCAGGCAGUGGGGAGGAAGACCAUAGAGGGUUUGAAGAAACACAUGGAAAACUGCAAACAGGAAAUGUUUACUUGUCAUCACUGUGGGAAACAGCUUCGUUCACUGGCAGGGAUGAAGUACCAUGUCAUGGCAAAUCAUAACAGUUUGCCCAUCUUGAAAGCCGGAGAUGAGGUAGAUGAGCCUAGUGAGAGGGAGCGGCUCCGAACAGUUCUGAAGAGACUGGGAAAGCUCAGGUGCAUGCGUGAGAGUUGCUCCAGUAGCUUCACCAGCAUCAUGGGAUACCUAUACCAUGUCAGAAAAUGCGGCAAAGGCGCUGCAGAGCUGGAGAAGAUGACCCUGAAAUGUCACCACUGUGAAAAACCAUACAGAUCGAAGGCUGGACUUGCAUAUCACCUGAGGUCAGAGCAUGGGCCUAUCUUCUUUCCAGAGUCAGGACAGACAGAGUGCUUGAAGGAGAUGAGCCUGGAGCCAAAGAGUGGGGGCCGAGUUAAGAGACGGUCUGCCAAGAUAGCUGUGUAUCACCUGCAGGAACUGGCCUCUGCGGAGCUGGCCAAGGAGUGGCCUAAGAGGAAGGUGCUUCAGGACCUGGUGCCUGAUGAUCGGAAGUUAAAAUAUACCCGCCCUGGGCUGCCUACCUUCAGCCAGGAAGUACUCCACAAAUGGAAGUUAGAUAUCAAGAAGUAUCAUCGCAUUCGGUGUCCUAACCAGGGUUGUGAGGCAGUCUACAGUAGUGUAUCUGGCCUUAAAGCUCACCUGGGCUCUUGUCCAUUGGGAAAUUUUGUGGCUGGAAAAUACAAGUGUCUUCUAUGCCAGAAAGAAUUUGGGUCAGAGAGUGGUGUCAAGUAUCAUAUCAACUCUGUCCAUGCUGAGGACUGGUUCGUUGUAAACCCAACAACCACCAAAAGCUUUGAAAAGCUGAUGAAGAUCAAGCAGCGGCAGCAAGAAGAAGAAAGACGGAGGCAGCAGCAUCAGAGCAGAAGGUCUCUGCGAAGGCAGCAGCAGCCUAGCAUGGAGCCUCCUGAGGCAGAGCUGAGUCUUAGAGCAGGCAAGGAUCAGAGGAGGAAUCAGGACCUGGGAGUGUCAAGCUCCUGCAAGGAACCAGAGCAGGAGCCAGUGCCAGCGCUCCAGAAAGUAAAGCCCCCAAAGACUAACCAUAAACGAGGAAGGAAAUAGGCAGGCAGUGCAGGUGCUGCUAGGAGAGCGGAUGAAAUGCUGUUGUUACGGGACCUAUGCGGGGAAUGGAGUUGAGGGGCUGAGGGAACUUUCUUCCGCUGCCGGUGAGAGGCCGUGACUUUCUCAGCUCCUUCCUCCUAUGUACAUUUCACUGUCUUCACUUCUGGUUCACUUUCAUUCCCUCCCCCCUUUAAGUAGGUUUUCCUGCUGUUCCUCCUUGGAGUCCUCUUGUUUUUCUCUUAUCUUGCCCAAAGAGCUCUCUCUUAAGGCCAACUGUAGGCUACUCCUGCUCUGUACAAGAAACCUGUUUGGUCGUCCUUUCCUUCCUGGGGUGUAGAAUGUUCUUGAAAGCUCCAUUGAUUUAGUAGCUGUUCUACCAUCUAGCUCAUAAAACCAUUCCAAACUAAUUUUUAAAACCAUGACUGAUAUACUGUUUUGUAUUUGUGAUAUAAUAAACCUAGAAGCUAGAACUGUUGUCACUCAUAUAAUAAGUUACCAUGUCUUCUUGGGAAACAAACUUAUGGAGACUUUGUGUCCUCUCCAUGUGGUUUUAGAAUUGAAAGAAAGUGGACUUAGAAUGAGAAAGCUAGAACCUUUCUAUACUGGUUAUACUCGGAAAUGCUUUGUUUGUACCAGGUAGCAGUGACUAGACCCACAGAUCGAAAAAGCAGCCUCAGGAAUAAUGUGACCCAGGCAUUGAAAUGGUUGGAAAGAAAAAGUAGAAGCAGCAAUAAAUACAGCCCUCAACUUCCUGGGGCCUGAAGUUUCAUUAGUAUCAGUUGCCCCCCUUUUGACUUUUGCUUCGUUGGUUUCAAGUACUGAAAAAUGCCAUAUGGCCCCACAUGUUUUUACUCAGUUUCCUGGAACCCCUGGUAAUGCCACUAAGACUGGAGACCAAGGUGCAAUUCCUUUUCUUCUGAACUUUACCUCACUUGUGAGUCUACACCUGCUAAGUCCUCAUCCUUCUCUUUAGUCAACCUCUGUCUCUUGAAACUUCCUGAGAAUAUUGUCCUUGUAUCCUAUUUUGCAUAUGGAGUUCUAUCUUCUUUAUAUCCUGAGUCUUUGACACCAGAUGUAGAUAUUUCUCUGGAGCUGGAAAGAAAAUUUCUUUUUCUGUACCUACUGCCUACCUGGUAAUGUUUAAUGGGCUGUUUCUCUGAGGGUGGCUUUCUCUGGAGCACUGGUUAGAGCAGCUUUGUUGUCGUGUUUCUGGAUUCUCCCCUUUUGCGUAAAUAUUGGUCUUAUAUAUUCUUGCCUACUUUGUGGCAUGUGCCACAUAUAAAUUAACCCUGGUAAGGGCAGGUACUACCUUUUCAACUUCUGGAAGGCUGUCGCCACGCUUCAACUCUCUGUUCUCUGUGCUCCUCCAGAUAGCUUUAAAACGUGGGCUUUUGUGAAGACCACUUUCAAACAAGGGAGCACUGAAAUUUGAAUGGGGUCCUGCCAGAACAGGUAGUGGUGAAACAAGUACAGGACAUGGCACAUCCGCUCUGCAUUUUCAUUGGCAGUGUGCCCUUAAAGCCCUUUCAGUAGAUGAGGGUUGUCAGGGAUGAGAAGUGAAGAAGCUUUGUUAAUUUCUGGUGAGUAAGACCUGGGGAAUGUUUGGCAAUGACAAAAGAAAUAAAUGAUUCUCAGAAUGA